AGUUCUUCAGCCCAACCAAGGUCAAAACGCUCCUAUCCAGCGGCUGCUCUCCAGACAAGGACCCUCUAAGGCCUCAGUGAAAGGGGCUGAGCCCAAUAGAAAGAAACCCCCAGACCACAGAGGGCCUAGCAAGGCCUUUCCAGGAGUAUCUGCCAGAAGAAUCCCAAGAAAGAAGCCAAAUGUUGCGACAACCUAAGGCGGCAGCAUUCCCUCGGCUAAGGAAGUGGCUUAAGCAUUGUCUUUCAGUGUUCUCCAGAUGCUCCUUCAAGGAACACGGGUCGAGGAGAGGUCUGUGCGUGGUCGUGUUCAAGAGACUUAGAAGACUCUGGAACGGAAAUGAAUGAAUGAAGGCGAAGGGAAUACGAAUGUGAAUAUGAAAGCAACUCUUCCAUUUGAGUUCUGGGUUUUGUGCUUUGCUUACUCCUUCGAGUAGAUAUUUUCAAGGGGAUUCUUCAAGCAACCUUCUAAACCAGGGCUGCAUUUUUCAAUUGUGCAAUAAAUAACCCCGAAGUGUGAUUGCUUUAGA